UCCCAGGAGGGGGCUGGGCCCUUCCGGGGGGGUUGCAGAGUUUGGGGUGACCCUCCCUGCCCCCCCCCAGCGCAAUGGGCCCCCCCUCGCUGCUCCUCCUCCUCUUCCUCGGCGCCACCGUGGCCCCCGCGGCCCCCCCGGACCUGGAGGAGCCCGAGGAUUACGCGGAGUGCAGCGAUGGCUACGAGUGGGACCCCGAAACCGAGCACUGCAAAGACGUGGACGAGUGCGCGGCGGAGGGGCCGCGGCCGUGCCGGGGCGCCAUGAAGUGCCUGAACCACUUCGGGGGGUACCUGUGCCUGCCGCGCUCGGCCGCGCUGCUCAGCCCCGCCCCCGGCCCCGCCCCGGCCCCGCCCCCGCCGCACGCCCCGCCCCCGCCGCGCCCGGCCCCGCCCCCCGACGGCCGCUGCCCCCCCGGCUUCGGCCCCGCCCCCGACGGCACCUGCGCAGACGUGGACGAGUGCGCGGGGCCCCCCCCGUGCCGGCCCAGCCAGGACUGCAUCAACCUCCCGGGGGGCUUCGAGUGCCGCUGCCCCCCCGGCUACCGGCACCGGCACACCGAGUGCGUGGAUGAGGACGAGUGCCAGUUCCGCUGGUGCCAGCACAGCUGCGCCAACUCCCCCGGAGCCUUCGCCUGCCGCUGCCACCCCGGCUUCAGCCUCGGCCCCGACGGCCGCUCCUGCCUUGACGUGGACGAGUGCUCCAUGGGCGCCCGCUGCUCCCAGCUCUGCCUCAACACCUUCGGCUCCUUCCGCUGCCGCUGCCGGCCCGGCUUCGUGCUGGGUGCUGACGGGCUCCAGUGCCACGACGUGGACGAGUGCCGGGGCGGGGUCCCGUGCCAGCACCGCUGCCAGAACCUCCCGGGGGGCUUCAGCUGCCUCUGCCCCCCCGGCUAUGCCCAGGAGGGGGCGCUCUGCCGGGACCGGGACGAGUGUGCCGAGGGCUCCCACGACUGCGGGGGGGCCCAGAGGUGCCAGAACACCUUUGGGGGGCACAUCUGCGUCCCCCGCGAGCUCUGCCGGGGGCCCUACACCCCCCACCCCCACAGCAAUGGGACCUGCGUGUGCCCCAGGGGGGGCCCCGGCUGUGCCCCCCGCCCGCGCUGGCUCCUGCACCGCUUCCUGGCUCUGCCCCACAUCCCCGACAUUCCCGCCGGGAUCUUCCAGCUCCAGCACCCCCCGGGGGACCCCCAGAGGCUGCGGCUGCGGGGGGGUCCCCCCGGCACCUUUCGCCUGCGGGCGCUGACCAAUCACAGCUCGCUGCUGGAGCUGGUGCGCCCCCUGGCGGGCCCGCGGCAGCUGCUGCUGGAGGUGGAGCUGCUCGGGCCAGGGCCCCGCCCCCCGCACGAGGCCCCGCCCCCAACUACAGAGACCCCGCCCCCCAGCGCUUGGGAUCCACCACCUCCGGCUGGGCGUGGCCUGGCCUUGCUCCGCCUCCAUCUGUCCGUGGGGGCCCACCCGUUCUAGGGGGGGGGGCACCCCCAGAAACUCCACUGGGAGCCCCAGCUGUGCCCGGGGGCCUCCAAACCCACUGCCGGGACCCCCGGUUUCCCCCCAGGUCCUCACAACCCUUCCCAAGACCCCCUGAAGAACCCCCUGGGACCCCCAAAGGGCCCCAAGCCCCCCCAGGACUGCCCCAAUCUACCCAGGGAACCCCAAAACCUCCCUGGAAUGACCCUCACCCUACCUGGGACCCCAAAAUUUCUUCCUUGGGUGCUCCAAGUUCCCCAAGUGACCCCCCCCAAACAAUCCCCAGGAACCCCCAAAGAACUGUCCGAGACCCCCAGGUUGGGGGCAAAGAA